AUGUUUCCGAAAACUUUAUUAACACGAUUAUUAAAUAUUCAAUAUCCACUCAUUCAAGCACCUAUGUCUCCAUUAACAACACCAGAACUUGUUGCUAAUGUAUCUAAUGCAGGUGGUUUGGGUACAAUAGCUGCAGCACGAAUGACAGGUGAACAAUUAAAAAAUGAAAUAAAUCGUAUACGUUCAUUAACUGAUAAACCAUUUGGUGUUAAUCUAUUUAUUCCACCAAACCAAUCUGAAAUAUCAUCACAAGCUAUUGAUUCUGUACGAAAACAAUUAAAAGAAUUAUUACUUGAUAAAAGAUUGAAUAAUUGUAAUAUUGAUAUUGAUUUACUUCGAGUCGAAUUACCGAGAGAUCUUUUUCCUGAACAAAUUGAAGUUGUUCUAAAUGAAAAAGUUUCUGUACUCUCAUUUACAUUUGGAUGUUUAUCAGAGGAUAUUAUAAAAAACUGUAAACAAUUAGGUAUUCGAUUAGUAGGAACAGCAACAACAACAAAAGAAGCUAUUUUUUUAAAAGAACGAGGAUGUGAUGCAAUUUGUUUACAAGGUUCUGAAGCUGGUGGUCAUCGAGGAAGUUUUCUUACAAAUGAUAUUGAAGCAAUUGAACAAUCUACAAUUGGAUUACAAUCUCUUCUUUCACAAACAACACAAUUUAUUGAUCCAACUUCAUAUCCAUUAAUUGCUGCUGGUGGAAUUAUGGAUGGUUUAGGUUUAGCUAACGCAUUAAUAUCAGGUGCUUCAGCUGUUCAAAUGGGUACUCGAUUUUUAACAUGUCAUGAAAGUACAAAACUUGUUCCUGAACCUCAUCGAAAAUUAUUAUUAGAAGCUAAGAAUGAUAUAAAUAAACUUCGACCAACUGUAUUAACUCGUGCUUAUACGGGAAAACCAGCACGUGGUAUACAAACAGUAAUUACUGAUUUUUUUUGUGCUAGUGAAAAUAAGGCAAAAGUUAUAUUACCAUGGCAAGUACAAUCACAACUUGUAUUACCUUUGUGUAAAUUUGCAGCCGAAACAAAACAAGUCGAUUUUAUGCAAUUAUGGGCUGGACAAAAUUAUGCACGAUGUGCAAAUCAAUCAGCAGCGACUAUUGUUAAUCAAGUUAUUGAACAAGCUCGUGAUGUAUUAAAAUGUUGA